UAUAUAAACAUUGUGGGGUAGUACGAGUGUCGUGAUGGCGUCGUCUUGUGGCGCAGAGAAAGCUCUUUCGCUUUUGAGAAGACUGCCACGAGUGUCACUUGCGAAUUUAAAACCUAAUCCUGGUGCUAGUAAACAGAAAACUCGAGGACGUGGCAUAUAUGGUGGAAAGACUCAUGGGGCAGGCAGCAAAGGUUCUGGACAGAGACAGAAUUUUAUGCGACUUGGUUAUGAGACAGGAAAUGACCCAUUUUAUUUACGUUUCCCUUGUCAAAAAUACUACAAAGGGCACCAUCUGAAGUUGUCCUACACACCACUCUGUAUGGGGAAGCUGCAGAAGAUGAUUGAUACAAACCGAUUAUGUUCGGAUAUUCCUAUUGAUGUGACUCAACUCAUGGCCACCGGGUUAUUCAAACUGAGCCCUGAAAUGAAGGAGGGAGGCUUUAUGCUAGAAAAUGAGGGGAUUGACCAUUUCAAGGCCAUCGUAAAUUUAGAGGUGCAGUGGGCAGAUGAAGCUGUAAUAGCAGCCGUGGAACGCACUGGAGGCUUCAUAACAACAGCUUACUAUGACCCAAUCACUCUUAAUGCUGUAAUUAAACCUGUAGCAUUGUUCGAGAGAGGUGUUGCCAUACCUCGGCGCAUGCUCCCUCCUCAGCACCUCAUAGAUUACUACACUGAUCCUAAAAAUAGAGGAUAUCUAGCUGACCCAGCUAAAAUAGCAAAAGAAAGGUUCCUUCUAGCACAGAAAUAUGGUUAUGAAUUACCUGAUGUAAAUGCAUCACCCAUUAAGGACAUGCUGCUGGAACGCAAGGAUCCCGGCCAAAUUUUUUAUGGCUUAGAGCCAGGAUGGGUUGUCAACUUAAAAGAUAAGGUUAUCAUGAAGCCUACAGAUACUGAGCUCAAAGAAUAUUAUGCAUCAUAAAUGUCAGAAAUGUGUUAAUCUGAACUCAUGUGACAAAGUACAUUAUUUAUUGUACUAUAAUAGGAUGCAUAUUAUAUCAAGUUGUAAUGGUUAAUAACUGUCCUGUGAUUAACAUUAAGAAAGUCUAUGUUCAGAUUGCUUUUACAAAAAACAGACUCUUCAACUGCAUAGGGUCUGAGACGGUCACACUCAUUGUUGCUAAGAGAUUGUUCUCCCACUCAUUGCUACCACUGAAUUGAACAAAUGUAUAAGAAAUAAAGUAGUUUUCAUGUAGGUUUGUAGUUUCAUUGUGCAACAACUAGAUGGUUUGUUGUUGAAGGUAAUCUGUCAUACUCUUUUUAUUAUGCAGUACUGUAGUCCCACAAAUUGCAAAGCAUAUUCCAUUAUGAUGCUUUCCUUAUGUACUGUAAAGUUCUUCAUUUUGUUCAAUAUUUUAAGUUUCAUACUACAAAUCACUUUCAUAUAAUUGUCUAAUUCAAUUAAAAAUUUCAGUUUUGAGAGUUCAUUUAAAAACUGUUGCACAUAGUAUUUAUUUAUUUGUUUUUUUGUGGGAGCAUUUUAUGACUGAAAAUGAAGGUAUUGAUAUAUUUGUGUUAUAAAAAAAAGCUAAUACUGUAUGCUUUAUCUUACCAUCUAGUGAGGUAACAUCCUAGGAGGAAAAGUUAGUUGUUAAGUUCUUCCUUUUGCAGUCUACAGUCAUGUGUACAUAUUGUAUAUGGUCAAUAAAUUUUUAAGAGAUUCUU